GCUAGUUGUGUUUGGCGCCAAAGCACGGAGCAAAGGCGGAGACUAGGCGCUGGAGCUGUGGGCACUAAAUAACGUGAGCUCGCCAGAGCCUGGUGACUGGCAUAAGAACUGACGGUGGACGAGGCCGCGGGAUCAGGGCGCCUUCGCCAUGUUUUGUGAAAAAGCUAUGGAGCUAGUACGCGAGCUACACCGCACACCGGAAGGGCAUCUGCCCGCUUUCAACGAGGAUGGAAUCAGACAAGUUCUGGAGGAAAUGAAAGCUUUAUAUGAACAAAACCAGUCUGAUGUGAAUGACGCAAAGUCAGGUGGACGAGGUGAUUUGAUACCAACCAUCAAAUUUCGGCACUGCUCUCUGUUGAGAAAUCGACGUUGUACUGUUGCAUACCUGUAUGAUCGGCUGCUCCGCAUCAGAGCCCUAAGGUGGGAAUAUGGCAGUGUCUUGCCAAGUGCUUUACGAUUUCACAUGUCUACUGAAGAAAUGGAGUGGUUCAAUCAGUAUAAAAAGUCACUUGCCACUUACAUGAGGUCCCUGGGAGGAGCUGAAGGUUUGGACAUCACACAAGACAUGAAACCACCAAAAAGCCUAUAUAUUGAAGUGCGGUGUCUGAAAGACUAUGGAGAAUUUGAAGUUGAUGAUGGCACUUCGAUCCUGUUAAAAAAAAAUAGCCAGCACUUUUUGCCUCGAUGGAAGUGUGAGCAACUGAUCAGACAAGGAGUCCUGGAGCAUGUCCUGUCGUAACCAUACGUGGUGACUGCACAGUGCUGCCACCUCACCCCAUGUGGCACUGAAUCCAGAUCACUGAAACAUCUGCACUUUGGCCCCACAGUGAGGGAAAACCAACUAACACACUGUUCCAGGGCUGUACCCUUGAGUUACACCGUCAGCCCCAGUCUUUAUUUAAAAUGAAUGUGUACUAGCUAAAAAUCUGAAAUUGUGAAGUUUGUAUCAGUUUCUAUUGACUGGCUCUUUAUUUAGAGUUGUGGCUAAAGUUUUCAGUGUAUAUCACAUUUUCUUAUCUUAAAGGUAAUAUAGCAGUCAGGUGUGGUGGCACACACCUGAUAUCCCAGCAUUCAGGAGGCAGGAGCAGGAGGAUCACAGGUUCAAGGCCAGUGUGUGCUAUAUACAGCAAGCUCACAGUUGGCCUGGAUUACAUAAUGAGACUGUCUCACCCCUCACUCCCUCAGAGUGAAAUAUAUGUACAAAAAAAGUGAAAAAUCUAAUGUACAAAAUGAAAGUCAAUUCUCUGCCCUCUACAUAUUACUGCCAUCUGGUGGACUCAGUGUUAGCUGACCCACAGGUGGAAUAUAAGCCUCCAUCUUUUUAAGUGUUUUACUAAUUAUUUUCUAGUUUUUGUGCCGUUUUAAUAUUUUUAAACUGGCUUUGGCUGAUAUGUGUUAUGAUGAUUUCGCCACAUUAUAACAUUGAUUCUGCUGCCAAGAGCUCUGGGGACAGCGUUUCCUGCUGAUGACAGCUGAGGCCUGUUGUCUUCCUGACUCAAUGGGUACCACAGCUCAGCCUUGCCCAUGUUUUUUUUUAAUUUUUAAUUUUUAUUGGUACGUGUG